AAAUUACGUAGGAUUUGCAGCUGAUACAAGGACGUGGUUUUUUCCGGUAAAAAGUGGAUUUUACAGCUUCAGGACCGACGGUUUUACAGUAGAGUUAGUUACGUUUUAAUCAACAAAUGUACAUAUUUUUAGUACCAGAUGUUUUAAUUUAGUAGUACAAUGAGGCCUUUCAGUUUUUCUUCUGGAAACUCGGCGCUGUAAUGUCUUCUGAUGCUGCCUAGCUGUCGCUCGACUUAAGAAACAAUGCAGGCCUAGCUAACAGCCAUCGUAAGCUAAUCGGAUAACGCUGUUCCAGCAGACUGCGGAGGGCUUUAAACCUUGGGCGAAGCCUUUUUCCACGCUGUUAUAACGUUAAUCCCGCUAUGAGUUCUCAGCUGCAGGUUUUCUCUCCCCCCUCGGUGUCCUCCAGUGCCUUUUGCCGUGUUAAGAAGCUGAAGGUGGAGAGCAACGUUUGGGAUGUUUCCACCACUGAAGCUUAUAGCUCCAUAGCAGGCCAGUCAGCCUACACCUUUACCCCUGUCAUGGCUGCGCCUCCCUUCGCACCAUCCCUGGUCUUCCCUCCUGCAGCUCCUGGCUCCAGGGGUCAAGUGGUGGUGCGAGCAGCUGAUAGCACUGGCAGUCUACCCCGUGGUUCCAGCCGGCGUGUCACUGAGCAGGCAACAUCCACCUCCUAUGCACAUGCUGAGGCAUCUUCUGAAGCAAGGGGCCACAGGCAUGGACAGAAGAGAAAGAUUGAGGAGGUCCCUGAAGGGAGUGGAUGUGGCAGUGUCCAGAUAUUAGAGGAGCUCUCAGCACCUGCAGCAGCUUACUCCACUCGUACAGGUGGCGGUGGAGGAGGGGGCACAGGCCAGUCUAUACCUCACUCAGCUCCAACCACCAAGAGCAGCAGCUCCAAUGGUGAAGGAGAUUAUCAGCUAGUGCAACAUGAGAUCCUAUGCUCCGUGUCCUGCAGCUAUGAAGUGCUGGAGUUCCUAGGACGAGGCACAUUUGGACAAGUGGCCAAGUGCUGGAAAAGGGGCACCAAUGAGAUUGUUGCUAUUAAGAUCUUGAAAAACCAUCCAUCAUAUGCUCGUCAGGGCCAAAUUGAGGUGGGCAUUCUGAACCGGCUGAGCGCAGAGAACGCAGAUGAGUACAACUUUGUGCGUUCAUAUGAAUGUUUCCAACACAAGGGUCACACCUGCCUGGUAUUUGAAAUGCUGGAGCAGAACCUGUAUGACUUUCUCAAGCACAGCAAGUUCAGCCCACUCCCUCUACGGCACAUCCGACCUAUCCUGCAGCAGGUGGCUACGGCACUGAUGAAGUUGAAGAGCCUGGGGCUGAUUCAUGCAGACCUGAAGCCUGAGAACAUCAUGCUGGUUGACCCCCUCAGACAGCCAUAUAAGGUGAAGGUCAUCGACUUUGGCUCAGCAAGUCACGUGUCCAAGGCUGUCUGCUCAACCUACUUACAGUCUCGCUACUACAGGGCUCCAGAGAUCAUUUUGGGUCUGCCAUUCUGUGAGGCCAUUGACAUGUGGUCUUUAGGCUGUGUGAUAGCUGAGCUGUUUCUGGGCUGGCCUCUCUACCCUGGAGCGUCUGAGUAUGACCAGAUCCGAUACAUUUCUCAGACUCAAGGCUUACCAGCAGAGUACCUCCUGAGUGCUGGCACUAAGACCAGCCGCUUCUUCAAUCGAGGUCCUGACUCUAGCUACCCACUGUGGAGGCUCAAGACCCCAUCAGAGCAUGAAAUGGAGAUGGGCAUCAAGUCCAAGGAGGCCAGGAAGUACAUCUUUAACUGUCUGGAUGACAUGAUGCAGGUGAACCUGUCCUCUCAUCUGGAGGGGACGGACAUGUUAGCUGAGAAAGCCGAUAGACGAGAAUUUAUCGAUCUAUUGAAGCGCAUGCUCCGACUGGAUGCCGACAAAAGGAUCACGCCUACAAAAACUUUGGGUCACCCGUUCGUCACAAUGAGCCACCUCAUGGAUUAUCCCCACAGCUCCCAUGUGAAGUCGUGCUUCCAGAACAUGGAGAUCUGCAAGCGCCGGAGCUCCUAUGAUAGCAGUAAAUCCCUGUACUCCACCAAUGCAGUCCCUAGCACUGCAGCGGGCAACCUCACUGUUACCUUCAGUAGCCAACUAAACCAGCAUAACCAGGUGCCUUCUGCGGGCGGAGCGGUGCCUUUGCUGAACUACCAGCCAGCUCUGUACCAGCAAGCGACCAUCAACAUUCCAGGGCUGGCUCAACAGAGUGUCCCAAUACCAACGCGUCCUGCUGGGCUGUGUAGCCAGACAGAACCCUUCCAGCAGACGCUCAUCGUCUGCCCGCCCUCCACUAUUCAAGGGCUCCAGACAUCCAGUAAGAGUUCCGGUUUCCCUGUGAGGAUGGAGAACUCUGUACCUAUAGUACCUCAGAAUCAGUCUGCUCAGUCGUUGCAGAUCCAGCCAAGUAUGCUCACACAGGGUUCCUGCACACCCCUGAUGGUGGCCACCCUACACCCAUCCUCAGCAGGCAUAGCCCCCCAGUAUUCUCUCCCCCUCGGGCUGGGCACUGGGGUGGGCCGUCCCACCCUCCUGGAGCACACAGCCACAGUGCUGCAGGCCUGGCCCACUGGCACCCAACAGAUUCUCAUCCCAUCUUCAUGGCAGCAGGUCCCAGGCGUGGCCAUCCACAGCUCCAGCCACCAGUCGAAUGUCACAGAAUCUCCACUGGAAACGCUUCACUCAGAUGCUGCCACGCAGCAGGGACACAGCUGGAGGAGCACAACCCAAGCCAAAAUUCAGAACAGAAACAGGGGUAUAUCUGCUGCAUCAUUACUCAGCAGUAGUGGUGUGACCCCACCCAGCUCCAGCGCCAUGUUGUCCCAACCAAUCGUUAUCUCUGACACACCCAGCCCAGCGGUCAGCAUCAUUACUAUUCAUAGUGACACCGACACAGAGGACGAGCGCAAGUUCCAUCCCGCCAGUGUUGGUCUAAGCCAGCGCACUAACGUUAUCAGCUGUGUUACCGUGCAUGACUCAGACUCCUCGACAGCCAGCCCCCUGACUCCUCUGCCCCGCACCCUUAACCCAGCCAGCGCUAUGUCAUCACGCCAUGCUAAGUCUCUGGCAGUGGUGGCACCUUCAGUCAAAACCCAAGGCUCGGAGAGAGGAGCAGCUUCACGUGGACGCUUGGAGACCACGAGCUAUAUGAAGCCUAAGAGAUCCAACCGACAGCCUUGCAGUUCAGGGGGGAGCGUGGAGCGUCAUGGGCUGGUGCCAAGCCAGUCGCACCCUUUAAAUCUCAGCCAGGUUCAGUCCGUGGUUUCUUCGUCUCAGGAGCAUUCAGGGGCAUCCCACAGUGACUCAUCUUUGCACCGCCGGCAGACGUUCCCGCCAGCCGUCUCUGCAUCUCACUACAGCUUCCCCGAGGUGUCGGCCUCGGCCCCUAACACCAGCCUGUACACCUACCCAACCCCCACGGCCCUGUCCUCAGCUUCUCAGGCCAUGGAGCAGCUGCUUGGCCGUGGUCGCAGCAGCCACGGACACUCUCCCUCUGCCUAUGCAGCAACAUACACCUCAUCCUCCUCCUCUAGGAGAGACUCGGCCAGUCGCAAGGAGUCUGUCAGUAGCCUGCUGCACGGCCUCCCUGCAGCAUACCAGCAUCAGUUCGCCACCGGCUCUCCUUAUGUCAGUGUGACACCCCGGGCUGAGGCUUAUAGUGCCUACCAACUGAGCCCCCGGCGCCUCACACAGUACCCCUACCUAUAGGGAGUCACACACUUUUAACACAGAGAAAACCUGUUUUCCCCACAUACUAUCAGUGAUAUAUUUAAUUGUGUUUUAGUAGAAUAACUGUUGAUCACUUAGUUUGCUGCUGUUGUCUAGAAAGCGGCAUUUCACCUCCAACACAUUUACAUGAUCUUGUGGACUGUUUUUAAAACGUUCUUUGUUUUUAUUUGAUAUUCUAUCAGUUUAUUUUCCCUUAAAUAUUGUUUAUAGUCCAUAUUUUAUCACCUUCAUAUCCAGAUGUACAAUUAAGGCAUUGUGGUAAAUGUGUUUAACGCCCGUUUGUGUGAAGAGAGAUAUUCCUCCUGUCACAAGCUGCAACCACACUUCAGGCCAGCUUUUGGGCGAGUGAAACUGACAAAGAAAAUUACAAGUUAUGAGCCUUGUUUCACACUAAUCCAGCACAAGGCCCUGUAGUUUUAGCUGACAUAAUGGCUGUAUGUUUAUUCACAACUGUCUUUUACUAUGUCUAAAUUAUGUUUAGUCAGUGUGAUGUAGGACAGGGAAGGUCCACGAAGAUGUCGACAGAGAAAGGUGUGGUGCGAACUGUGAUGCUACAUGUUAAUUUAAUUGCACAUGUGAUAGUCUGUUAAUGUAGUGGCAGGAUUAAUCAUGAUUUUAUGCAAUAGAAACUUUAACCUGCAUUAACUGAGUGCUGAACGUAUUUAUAAAGUAAAGUGAGGAUCACCAUCCUGAUGACUGAGAUGAAAUGCUCUCAUUUUAAAGUUUUUUUUAUUAUUAUUUUAAAAAGCUAAAUGAACCUCUCUUUUUCCUGUCCUUGAAGUAUGAAAACUUUCACGGAUUCACACAGACAUCUGUGAGCCGUAAUUGUGCAGGACCUAGUCGUUAAAAUGGAUUUAUGGCCAGUUUUUACUCUUUCAUAUGGGGGAGAAUUUAUGUCCUGUUUUUCCCCUUUGACACACUGUAACAAAUUCUGCUAUGGGAAGUGUUGGCAAGCUGUAGGCUAAUGAGCUUUCUGCUCAGUUACUGUAGGUCAGAUGAAAGGCCUCACGUCGUUAUGUCUCCCACAACCCCCAAGUGUGUUUUUCACAUUCAGGUGACUACAGUGAGGACAGUAACGAUUCAGAGCAGACCUCCAGCAGGUCAGCACCUUAAGUCAAAGGAGUUGAAUCUGUGGGUUAUCAGUUUUGUUUUUAAAGUAAAUCCUUCCCUGUUGUUUGCAUCAGUUUUGUGUUUAAAUAUUUAACUGUAUUUCAUCUUAACAUAGUGCUGUUAGGAGGCUAUUUGUUAGAACUAAUUCAGGGAAAAGGGUUUCAGCUCAAAUAAUCCACUGUCACUGUUUUCAAUAAAAUAACCACAAAUUCA